CACGAUCAUGAUUCUGGAAUUCCAGAGCUGACAGUGCAGCUGCUUAUCUCGCUUCAAGUUGUGCUCGUCCUGCACAACCAGGACGAUCGAGUGUAGCACACUUCUUCCUAAUGGCGGAUCGCAAUAUCAAAACUCCCCAUCGGAUAAACUGGCGUUCACCUUCCAUAAGGCGCGGUACCUCAUGUCGACCAUUAUGGCUCUUGAGCAGUGCAGCAUAUAUUUUAUUCCCUUCCACCGCAUUACCGCUCUGCACUGAUCUGUCCCCCAUCAACGAUGUCGCUCAAGGAGAAGGCCAACGCUCUCAGACGGGAUGUUGAUCGCCUUCUUGCAGCAGGAGGUGAUAUGGCCAUCCCAGUUCUCACAGCCAUUAACGUCGCAUCCGAUGUAUUCCCGCCCCUAAAAGGUCCCGCUAGCGCCCCCCGCUUCAUCUUCAGUGAGGUCCAAAAAUUCAAGUCAGAUAAGGAGGGAUGGAAGGAAUUUGGGAAAUAUGUGGUUGAUAUUGUAGCGGAUGUGCUAGCGGCGAUCGAAUCCUAUGACACUUCAAUGGAAGAGGCAAAACCUUGGCUAGAGAACGUCAAGAAGCUGGACAACGCACUAAAACAGAUCAUCGCCGAAAUCGUGCCAAUGCUCGCAAAAAUGAAGAAACGUCACGCUGUUACCAACUACCUCUCACUGCUGAAGCAUCCGGGAAGGAUUGAUGACUUCAAGAAAGUUCUGGAUCAGCUGAGAACUAACCUAACAACUGGUGCCAAACUAACAAACAUAGCAAAUAACCAAGAGAGUGACUCGGUUUUGAGUGGACUGCGAUAUCCGACCAUCGCCCAUCAUGACCCAGAUGAGGCGUGCCUGGAGGGAACCAGGACAGAUCUUGUCAACGAUAUCAUGACCUGGGUUCGCAACGUGGAGGACGGGGAGAAGCAGGUGAUGCUGCUGACAGCUGUGGCCGGGGCUGGCAAGACUUCCGUUGCCCAUUCAAUCGCAGAGAAGCAGGCGAGCAGUCGCAGCCGGACCAUUUUGUUUAGCAGCAUGGCCCGAUCUCUAGCAACGCGUGACCACUCAUACCGCGCCUCUGUUAUAUCCAUUCUCAAAGAAGAUCCAGCCCUCAUGACUGCGUCCUUCACCGUGCAAUUCGAGAAGCUCGUGGCUAAGCCUCUCCGCCUGAGGGGAUUGCCUGCAGGCGGUCCUCUGGUGGUAAUUGUUGAUGCUUUGGACGAGUGUGAGCCGCGAGACUUCGAACGCCUUGCCGAGAUACUUCGGAAGGAAGUGCCAAAAUUACCAUCCACCAUCAAGUUCUUUGUGACGUCGAGACAAACUCAUCUCGUGGAUCGUCUUCUUUCACCCAAUUUUCCCAUCGACCGACUUGGCAUAGAUAUCUUGAAUAAUGCCAAUAAACGAGACUGCUCUGUUUACAUCCGCGCGCAGCUGCGUUGUCUAAAGGAUGGUCAUUCAGGUCGGGGAGAUGAAUUUGAGGAAGACUCAUUGGUUCAAGACCUAUCAGAAAAAGCCGGUGGCUUGUUCAUUUGGAUCAGCACUGUCUUCCGCUGUGUCAGACUGGCCAAGGAGCCGAGGAAAACGCUGAAUAAGCUGCUCAACACAGGUGCCUUUCGAUCAAUGGAUUCUCCUGAAGGAGUGAUGGGUACGUUGUAUACGGCCAUUCUGGAAAAAUGUGAUUGGGAGGAUGAAGAUUUUGUGCAUGACUACCCCAUCGUUAUGGGGGCGAUUCUGAUUGCCGAACAACCGCUGUCUAUCGCGGCGUGGGAUGCAAUUCUGUCGCCGUUCUUAAACUCUUCCAUCCAUGACACGUUGGUUGAACUUGCUCCCCUCUUACUAGGGGUUCCCCAUUCCGACACACCAAUUCGCAUCAUUCAUCAGUCGUUCCGUGACUUUCUCAUGGGCCAAAUCGGUCCCAAAUCACUUGUGCAUCAUCAUUACACGGUGGAUACGAGAGAGGUGAAUGCCAAGAUAGCCCUGCGCUGUACCGAGAUCUUGAAUAAGGAUCUUUGCUGUGUGGAGGGUUUGGGGCUGAUCAAAGACCUUCCCGAAAAGGAUGAAUUGCCACGCAUAUCUCAAGAGAUGCAGUUGGAACAACUCCGUUACUCAUGUCGGUAUAUCGUGCACCACCUCAAAACUGUUCCGGAGCCACAAGAGGUGCUCAGUGGAUCGGUUCUCACAUUUAUGAAUCAACAUGUAGCACGCUGGGUGGAGGUUUGUGUGAGAACAGAAGGGUACAUCAGUGUAUCUUCAUUUCCCAAGUGGGCUAAGUUGAACAUUGAUCGGAAUUCAAAGAAAGAUAUUCACAAGUUGAUCCAAGUACUUGACAAAGUGAGACAAAAUCUGGCAUUCUUUUCAAGAUUUCAGGAGGCACAUGAGUUGACAAAGGAUUCCGUAACCCUCUGCCGUUGCCUUGUGUUGGCAGACUCAGAGUCCUACAUCCCAUAUUUGGCUUGAUCACUCAAUGGUCUUGAUGUAUCAUUGAAUGAUUUGGGACAUCCACUCCUGGUGAUAAAGAAAGUGUGAACCUUUGGUGUGAGCUUGUUGCUAUUGAUCUGAUGCUAUACACUCCAGAUUUGGCUCAAUCACUCAGCACCCUUAUGAUAUCAUUGCAUAAUCUGGGACUUCAUUCUGAGGCGCUGUCAGGGGAUGGACCCUGGGUCCCCAUGACCCCUCUCUACAGUCCACAGUCUGACCUGUAAACACAGCCCAUCUCAGGGCAUAACUACUGUGGGUAAGAAAGUGUCAGGGCAAUAGCCCCAAACCCUGAGCCACAUGUAAUUAGAUACAUAUAGUCAUGUGGGUAAGCGGGAACCUCCGGGUAACUGCUUACAUACUACUGUAAAAUACACACUCUUGUAUCACUUAUGGCUCUGUGUGCUG